AGAAGACAAGAACGAGCGUCUCUCUCUCAAGCGAGGUGCAACCUUCGCUCUUGAGGCUGUUUAUGUUACCUUUGAACUUUUAAAUGCCCGAAUAACGGCACACUUGAAUGCUUCAAAGACUCAUCCAAAUAAGAUAUUAAGAUGUUCCUGUCCAAUCCGUACUCACAGGAACAAAGUCUGGCAGCCUAAUGUAUGACAGUCUCUCUGUGAAAUGGAUCCCUAAAUGAGGAACAAAACUGGGGCAUAGAGUGCAAUGACAGCGCAGUCAGACAUUCUCUGGUGAAUGGAGCUGGGUAAGCAGUGAUGAUGCGUUGUCUGGCAGCCCGGGUUCCCUACAAGACCCUGAUAGUGAUCUGUACACUUCUCACUCUCCUCACGGUUGUUCUGUGGAACAAGUGCACGAGUGAGAAAGCACUCCGCUUCCUCCCCCGGCAUCCUCAGCCCCCUCCCAGCCCUAAAAUAGACAGCCACCCACAGCAACCCCAGCCCCCCGAACCACCACCUGUGGUCGGUGGACUACGCUAUGAAGAGAUUGACUGCCUGAUCAACGAGGAUGCCACCAUUAAAGGCCGUCGAGAAGGCAGUGAGGUGUACAUGCCUUUCAGCUGGAUGGAGAAGUACUUUGAGGUAUACGGGAAGGUGGUACAGUAUGACGGCUACGAUCGAUUCGAGUUUUCUCACAGUUACUCCAAAGUAUACACCCAGAGAGGGCCGUACCACCCCAAUGGAGUCUUCAUGUCCUUUGAGGGGUAUAACGUGGAGGUGCGUGACAGAGUCAAGUGCAUCAGUGGAGUGGAAGGAGUACCGUUGUCCACCCAGUGGGGCCCUCAAGGGUAUUUCUAUGCUAUUCAGAUAGCUCAGUAUGGCCUGAGUCAUUACAGUAAGAACCUGACAGAGCGGCCGCCUCAUGUGGAGGUGUAUGACACAGCGGAGGAGAGAGACAGCAGGUCUGGCCCGUGGAGUGUCCCUAAGGGCUGCGCUCUCAACAGAGUCUACGAUAAGACGAGAGCCACGUCAGUGCGACAGUUCAGCGCUCCAGAAAACUCAGAGGGCAUCUCACUUCCUCUUGGCAACAUGAAAGAUUUCAUCAUCUCUUUUGACCUGAAGUUUACAUCUAAUGGUAGCGUCUCUGUCGUCUUGGAGACCACAGAAAAAGGGCCUCCAUUUGUUAUCCACUACGUCACCACCACUCAGCUUAUUUCGUUCAAGGAUCGUGACAUCACCUAUGGCAUUGGCCCUCGGACUGCAUGGACUAUGGUCACCCGCGACCUUCUCACAGACCUCCGCAAAGGCAUUGGCCUCUCCAACACCAAGGCGGUCAAAGCCACCAAGACCAUGCCUCGGCAUGUCGUAAAGAUAGUGCUACAUGGUCACGGAGCAAUAGACAAUAUCACUAUCUCCACCACUUCACAUAUGGCAGCCUUUUUUGCUGCUAGUGAUUGGUUGGUGCGCAACCAGGACGAGCGUGGUGGUUGGCCAAUCAUGGUGACUCGUAAACUUGGGGAUGGUUUUAGUGCGCUGGAGUCUGGUUGGUAUUCUGCCAUGGCUCAAGGACAGGCAAUGUCUACUCUAGUGCGUGCCUAUCUGAUCACAAAAGAUGACACUUACUUAAAGUCUGCUCUGCGUGCCACCAGACCUUUCAAACUGCCCUCAGAGCAGCAUGGAGUAAAAGCUGUUUUCAUGAAUAAAUAUGACUGGUAUGAGGAGUAUCCCACAAUCCCUAGCUCCUUUGUAUUGAAUGGGUUCAUCUAUUCCCUCAUAGGCCUUUAUGACCUGGCACAAACAGCCGGUGAGAAACUUGGUCGGGACGCAGGUCAGCUGUACAGCAAGGGGAUGGAGUCCCUCAAAGUGAUGCUGCCCCUGUACGAUACAGGGUCGGGCACCAUCUAUGAUCUGCGCCACUUUAUACUGGGCACGGCACCCAACCUGGCUCGCUGGGAUUACCAUACAACGCACAUCAACCAGCUACAGCUCCUGGGCUCUUUUGACAACUCGCCUAUCUUCAGGGACUUCAUCAAGCGCUGGAAAAGUUACCUGAAAGGAGGGAGGGCCAAGCACAACUAGAGCACAGGAGGCCUCUAAUAUCUCUUCAAGCUCUCAAAUCCUCUUCAUGACUGCCACAGGAAGAGCCAGAGGAGGCCAAGUGUAAAGCUGCUAGCCGCAAUCUGCUGCAGUGUCUUGAGAAAAAAAAAAGACUGAACACUCUAGUAGCCCUCUGAUUUUCAGUUUGAGACUGUAAUUGCAGUGCUUCUUGUGUCUGUGCUGAGGUUUUAAUUAGAAGCAAACACAGCUGCUUGCAGCAUGUGUCUGGAUGAGGAGGGGGAGGGCUUUGGUUAUUUAAUAAUCAAAGCUCCAGACCUGCAGGUUUGAGUGAGAGAUGUGUCUGCUGAGAUUUGCCACUUUUGGGCACACUUCAGUCAAAACAACGGAUCGCAAAGCAGCUUUCAGAAGCUUCUUCCAAAGUAAAGCUCAGAAAAUAAUUAGUAACCAGAUGGGCAAAAUAAGCAGUUGAAAUGAUUGUAGAGGGAAAAAAUAAAUAAAAAAUUAGCUGCAAUAGAUUUAAGUUAUUAAAGUUCAUAGCCCAAUAGCGGAAUACUAAUGCAUACAAGCUGUAGAGAAAAAUGCUGAAAAUGUCCACAAGUGUAGCAUUAUUAAAUGUCAGAGAACAGUUAAGGUUUACUCGGUCAGUUUGACAUUGGAGGGAAACACGACACCUUUAGUUGAAGCCACACACUAUGAUUCAUUGUCCAGACUUCAGUCUGCAUAUCAUGAUCCUUUGCUCAGUCAAACCCUAACCACAAUCAGACUGGACUGUCACUAAUGUGGCCCAGACCUGCCCAUAAUGCACUUAAAGCUUUAGAGAGGUUGUAGGUCAUUUUCUUGACGAUUACAUCAAAUUUAGGGACACAUAAAUGUAGUUCUUAUGAUGUACACCCUGACACCGCUGUACUGCACUAAUAAAGGUGAAAUCAGCACAUUAACAUAAGGAAUACAAAAUGGUUUUGUUGGCCAUGGUGUUUGUCCGUGUAAUCUAAAUGUCAAACAUCAGUUGAAUUGUACUACAUAUAAACUAGUCAUGCACUUUACUUGUGUGGUGUGUGUGUUGUUGGGAUAUCUUUUUAGAAGCAUUUGUGAUUGAAUUAGGAUUUCAAUCCCAACACCAAUUUAGUAUUUCAUUUCUACAUCUCAUGCUUUGAUGACAAUGAAUCAUUUGUAAGGAUUUCUCUGACUCCAAGUUUAUUGUAGCUAUACCCAUUUACUCUAUAUAAUUUGAAAGGACUACUGUAUUGUUUAAGGUAACAUCUAAUUCCAUAUUUUGGGUGAUGAAUGUCAAGCAACACAAUUGCGUACAUUAUGUAGAGCAAAAGAAUGAGAGUGUUUAUUCUCACGCUCAGUUGAAUAUCUUGUAUCUCAGCCAAGCAAAAGUAAAAUGAAUAUAAAUAAAAUGAGGUUUUCAUGUAUUAAAAGCAGAAAUGGUCACUACGUUUAUCAUUUAAAAAAUGAAAUUAUCCACAUUUAAAAGCAUAACAUCUAUUUGGUAUCUAAAUGUCUUCCCACAUAGACAGAAUCAUUUAAACAGCUCCCUGGCUAGUGCACCCAAGAGUCUGGAGUGCCUGGAGACUGACAUACAGUAUUUUGAGUUUGGAAGUGUUUUAGCCAUUUCACUUCCCGAUGUUUCUCAGAGGGAUCUGCCACUUUACCUCAGCAGUAAAACCUCCACCUGGCCGUGUCCUGUCUGUUCUAAUCCCACAUGACCACAGCAGCUAAAAUGCAGAGACACUCCCAUUAUCUGCCAACCUGCUGUUCAGAACCAUCUCCAACAGAUGUUCACAUUCCAAUGUGGGCUUUUAGCUUUAGAUUUUGUUCAGAAGAUAAAUGGCAAGCAGACAGAGUAGAACAAUUUGACAUUUCUAAAUGUUUGACGUCAAAGAUGCUGGUUUGUUGAUGUUUGUUUGGUAUAGAUAUAGUUUAGAGACUCUGGGCUAUUCUCAGUGCUUAAGCCCUAAGGCAUACCUCUGUGUUAACCCAUUUUCAGUUUAAAAAUCAUUAGUUUUCCCAUGAAAACUAGGUUGCUGCUAGUUUUCACUAAUACUGAUCUCACAAAUAAUACUAUGCACAUUUCAUACUUGUCACUUAAUGGGCGGACAAAAGUAUGUUAAGAGGGAAAACUUCAGAAAGCUUACAUUUUGUUUAAACCAAAGUAUUUAAAGUUUGGGUUAUUGUUUAUCUGUUUUUGUUUUUGUGUUGUUGUAUAUGGAAGACCAUGGUGCAUGUGUUCUAGUAUUUGUUUUUGGAAAAGAUGUAAUAAAAGGAAUGUUUUGGGGUGGUAUAUAUGCCUUCCUCCUCCAAGGAAAUGCCUUUUGAUACAGUUAUUUUUUCAGUCUAAGAUUUCUAUAAUAGAAAAUGUGUAGAGAAGGGAACAGGAAAUACUAUUAAUCACCACUAUCUAUGGGGAUGUGUGCAACUCUUGAUGUAGAGAGCUAGUGCUCAGUGCUUCAUAUUUCAAAAGGGAAAAGUGAGAGUUGGAAAAGCAGAUCUGUUCUUGUAGGCCUUGCUUUAAAGCAGCCUCCUAUUUGAGUUGGGUUUUAACAAGCCUUGUUGUUUGCAUUUGAGUGAACUCCUUGGAGUAACAACAUUAAAGCACAACUAUAGUUUCUUACGUUCAUUUAUUCUCAUCUUUUUUUUUUUUUUUUUUUUU